CCAUAUAAACCUCCCCCUCCUGGUCCUGGGACAGCUCCGUCUACCAAACCAUGGAGAGGGCAGCGUAGCGAGAGCGAGUCCUCCACAAGUGCAAGGAUCGGAGCUCGACGACCCACCAUGCUAUAGCUGGCUUUGGUAGAGAUAUAUAGGUGCUCGACGCGGCGGCGCAGGCGGUGCCGGUGCCGGAGACGAUGGGGGAGCUGGAGGAGGAGGAGCGAUACGUGCAGGGGGCGUCGAGGUUCUUCCGGGUCAAGCCGCGCGCCGGCGGCGCCAAUCUCCACUACCUCGGGUCGUGCUUCCUCUGCAAGGAGAGCAUCGCCUGCAACCGCGACGUCUUCAUGUACAAGGGGGACGCCGCCUUCUGCAGCGACGACUGCAGGCAGGAGCAGAUGGACAUGGACGAGGCGCUCCAGACCGUGGCGCGGCGCCACCGCCUCCUGCGCGCGCCGCCGUCGUCCUCGUCCUCGCCGGCAGCUGAUGCGGCGGCGUCAAGGCCGCCGGCGAUGCGCCGCCGCCCGACCAUCGCCAAUCUCGCGGCGCGCAAUCCCCCCGUGGCCGCAAGCUAGGUAGCUGCAUGGUGUCGAUCAGCAGGGCCGGCCGCGCGCGUCGAGAUGGACAUGGAUCAGGCCGAGAGUGCAGUAGGUGAUCGUCUUCUGCCGCGAUCAUCCAUCAGUUUGCAGUCAGGCGCAGAAAUUAGCAAGAAGGAUCUAGUACGGGUUGAUUGGCCUUGUAGGCAUGUAUAGGUCAGUAGGUGUUGUUCUCUGGGGAUCCUGAGGGCAUGCAUGGAUGAUUUCAUCUGCAUGAUCUCUUGGUGAAGGAGAGAGAGAGAGGAGGGAAGAAAAUUGAACUGAUGAGCAGUUCAAUUACACUAGGCAGAGAUCCAGCAGAGCAGGAAUAAUAACCAGGCUAUCUAUGGACAUCUCAACUCUUUGUGAUGACCUAUCUGCAUGUACAAAUUAAAAAGAUUAAUUAGUACCGCUGCCAUGUGCAUUCUUCUUGGUUCA